GUGCCCCGCCCACACACGGACUCUGAGCUGAGAGGCAGCCUGACUGGAUUCUCUUGCUUGUGGCCGAGCUCUCUCUCCUUGCAGGACCGGGGGCAUCUCACAUGGAGCGGAGCCCCUGACACAACGAGCUGCUUCCAACUGCUCAACAGUUGAAUUCCAGAGAAGAAAAUGGAUAUAAGAAUAAGAGAUGCCGAGAAUCUUGUUGAUGAUUUUCCAGUUAAAAAGAAGUCCAAGUUUAAAUCUUUCAAAAAGUUUUUUGGAAAAAAGAAAAGGAAAGAGACUUUGUCAUCUACAGGAAAGGGUAGCUUGAAGCAGAGCCAGUCCACCACUGAUGUUACAUAUCCAGAAUUUGCCCAUGCAGACUGUGAUUCAGAGGAUGAAAUUGGGUCGUCUGCAGGCAUCUUGGGAAGCCGAGCUGUGUCACAUGAUAGUAUUUUUAUUCCAGAACUGGCACAGGAAACUGCCAAACCAGUGCGUGUAUUCUCCCAGGAAAAUGUGUCAGAUCGCAUUAAAGCCCUACAGUUAAAACUUCAGGCUAACUUGAAACCUGGCCUGUCCCCAUUUGGAAUCCUUAGCAAGCGAACUGACGAUGCUGGAACAAGUUCAGAAGAUGAUGGUUUACCUCGGAGUCCUCCAGAAAUGUCUCUUUAUAUGCAUGAAGUUACAAAGGCAAAGUUUUCUGAUAAUCAUCAUAGCACUUUCAGUUUAGCUGGAACAGGGAGUGAAGAAGAUGAGCAGAUAUCUUCGGGACAUUCAUCCAGACCAUUAUCUCCAGAGGAAAAGUCAUCAUCAAAUAUUAGGGUACCAUCCACUGGUAGAGGAGCCAACAAUUCCAGCUUGCAGUCACCUGACUUUGACUCACCUCCUCAACUUUGUAGCUUCCUGGAUAGUUCAGCUGCAAAGCACAGGCUUUCAGUCAGGCCACGAAACCAAAGGUCAUGCACAACGAGGAGGCCUUCUGCGUCUGUCCUAGAUGAAUCUGUUAUUACUACAACUUUCACUGAAGUAGAAGAUGAAAACAUCAUGGAGGAAGCAUUCACAAAAUCUACAAAUGACAACCGAGAAAAGGUCAUAGACACAAAUCCACCUGCAGUAUUCGACACCCCACAGAGCAUACAAGAAACAGAAAUGGAGGUCUGUCCUGGUAGCAUAACAGAAAUCCAAUCUCAGCUUAUACAGGAAGAAGUUGUGAUCUCGAGUGACAUAGACUUUAUUACAGUACAAUCUCAGGAUGCUACCAGUUGUCCAGAUCUAAAACUGGAAAACAAAUUUGUGGAAGAUUUGGAGGAUAUUAAAACUGAAUGCAGUUUAAGUAUUGUAGAAGGGGACAUCUGCAAUGAGGUUCAAAUUAAUACAGACUUCUCUAAAGAGGAUGGUCUUGCCCAGUCUCUGAGAUCAGAAAAGAGUAUACUGGAAGAUCAUAGAAAGUCUUUGGAAUCUACAGAGGAAAAGGUUAAUGAAAAUCCAUUUGUUGGGCCUGAUGUCACCUCACCACCUUCAAACAUUUGUCAGACUGUACAUUUACCUGACAAAAGUGCACCUGAACCAUUACCCUCGGAAGACCUUUCACUUUCUGACACAGAAAAGAGCAGGAACACUCCGGAGCAGUCUUUAGUUGAUAGAGAAAAUAUUAAAAAAGAGGAUAAGGCUGGUGGGGAACUUUGUACACAGAGAAAGUUUUCUGUAUCCUCAGCAUGGGAAAGGCCACGGACUAGCAGCUUAAUAUUAAAAGGAAAUAUUGAGAAUGAGACUUUUAAAAACAUGAAGUUUUCUCUGCCUAAGUCAGGUUUGUCCAUAAGUGAGAGAAUAAAAGAUGAGCCAAGAUUUUCUUCAACACGCACUGAAAGCAGAGCCAGUGGCAGGAAAAAGGAGACGUUCGCUGACUCAGAAAGUACUUCAAUGGACAAAGCCAUCCUUAGUCACAUUCCACAGGGCUCUGUGCCAGCUUCCAGUGAUUUGCUGAUGGUUACUGACCUACAGACAUAUCCUGAGAACAAAAACCCCUUUUUUGUGAAGCUAAGAUCCACCUCCUUUUCCUUUAGAUACAGGGAGGGCAUAAACGCUGACUCUGUCAGACUGAAAAGGCACAGUGCUGAGAUUAAUCUGGAAAACACAGGAUGUUCCUCUUUUUCCAAGGAUGAGUUACUAGAAGCCAGCAAAACAGAAACCCAUUUACCCAGUUUCAGGAAUGAAAAACAAAAAAAUAAAACAAACUUUAGUGAACUGAUACAUUCAAAACCACCACUGCCUAAAAAGCCUGUUUUGCAAAAUAUAAUAGGAGCUGACAAUGUCACAAAAAAAGACUCUUCCACUUGUGUCUCAGAUCUGGAGAAAAAAGACUGUAAGAUGGAAAAACCGCCCCCUGAUGUAAGAACAAGUUUACACAAGACUGGAAAAAGCACUUCUUUCGCCAUAGCUACACCUGAAUCCAGCAACAGAACAGAAAGCAAAGUCCAGACAUCUUGGAAAUCCUCGGCCAGGCAGAAACCUAGAGGACUGAAGGAGGAGCCAGUCCCAGGAGAAUUAAAAUCUGCAAACCAAGAUGCUGGCAACCAAAAGAAAGAGGUGAUUAAAACUAGUUUAAAACCAACUGUUGACCUGAUUCAGAAUAAACCAGCAAAUAUAGUAGCUGAAUUUCAUGGGCAAGACACCAAAGCUGCAUUAAAAGAGCCAAGUCAAAGAGCCAGCACACUUUCACUUCCAGCACUUGAAAAAGAAGACAAAACUCCGCAAAGACAAGGUAUCCAGUCUGGAGAGCCAUCUUGGAUGGAACUCGCGAAGAAGAAAUCUCAGGCGUGGAGUGACAUGCCUCAGAAAAUAAAAUAAAAAAGUGGUUAAAGUAUUCUCUGGAGAAAAGUAAAAAGAUAAAUACAGUACAAGGGUAAAAAUAAAACCCCAAGGUGGUAAUAACUUUCCCUCAGCUGUGGCCUUCCAGUAGUUAGUUAACUAUGUAACUGUAACUCACAGAAUUUCACUGACAGAGUUUUGGGGAUGCUAGGGAAUGCAGUGCAGUCGCAACUAGGCUUAAAUACUAAAAUAUCUAGGCCUCGUUUAUGGUCGUAGUGCAGGGUAAAUUUUACUGUCUGUGCCGUAAACCCAUGGAUGCAAGUGCUGCUCGAAAGAAUCCUAAAGUGCACAAUGUUGGGCCCCUCAGGGUUCAGUACUUCAUUCAUGGAAUUUGUAAAUUAGGCCUUCUGUGCCCGAUAAUACUAUGGGGCAUAAAGUGGAACUAGUAUCACACAUCACCACAUUAAUACCAUGAUUCACUGUGUAAAUUCUCAUAUAAUUAUAAAGCCAUGCAAUGUAUGUUUAACUAAGUAUAAAAUUCUGAUGUAAAAAGAAAUGUUAAAUUGUUAAAAAACUAGUGUAAAGUGGCACCAUUUCUUACACAGCAUUUUACACAGCAUUAGAAAUAAAGCCAAUUUGUAUUCAAAUGUUUAGCUUUUACAAAGGAAACUUUUUACCCUAAACCCAGCCCAGCUAUAUUCUUUUAAACAUGAUUUUUAUAUUUUCAAAAUAUAAUGUUUUACUGAUAAAGUUUAUUCUGAUUAGUGUUUAAACAGUGUAUUCUAAGAGAUUUGACUCCAUUUGGACAUACAGGACCUGUGGAUAUACGUCUGUUUCAUUAAUAUAACUCCUUUAUAUUGUUUCAAACUAUGUGAUGUUUGUUCAUGUUGUUAUGUGAUGUUUGUUCAUGAAUAAACAUUUUAACUUGCUGGAAGUUCCAGACACAUAGCAUAGAGUACUUUGCUUGCUAAAUUAAAAAAAAAUCCCAGGAAUAGAUUGUUAGCAUUGUUGGCAGUGGAAAAUACAAUACAAAAUUGAAUAGGUACUUGAAGUAAUCAUAGCUUAUUUUUCAAAAAAAUAAUAAAUAAUAAAAAAUAAUGUUUUGUCUUUUAUAUAAUUAAAAGUAAGGUGGAUAUGCAAAAAAGAUUUAGUUUUAGUUCUCACUCAUAUUUCAGUAUUUAGUUUAGCACAGAUAUGUAUAUAUAUUUAUACUUAUCUGAUAGUUUUAAGGUGAAAUUGAAUAGCAAAAUCAGUUCUUAAACCCAUUGCAGUUUGUGAACACAGAUUAAGCCUUUUUUUGGUCCAAACAUUCUGCUACUUUGAGACAGAAUUACAGGUGGAAACUAAUGUGUUCCUCUAAAAGCCACUUUCUAUGCAAUACAUGUGUGUGUUAGAAAGCCAGAUACUGCCUCUGGCACAGAGGCUCAUUGAAUUCUUUUCCAUUCCAAAACUGAAUUGCUAGUCAAUUCAGUUAUGUCAGGCAUUCAGUGUUGCACUGAGUUAUCUUGUAGAUACCAAAUACCAUUCCUGAAUAAAGUACUCUGUAGUGUGGGAAAGAAAUCUUGGGGCUUAAGUUAAGUUACAUGGUUAUAGUACUGUACAUAUCUGUGUUUAGGGUCUGUAUUGAUCAAAACAGAUGAAGAACAAAAAAACUGAAUGUACGAGUCUUUGAUCUUGGCUUGCCGCAGCAUUGAUGAAAGAGAACCAUUGUACUUUAAUGAACCCCUGCUUAUUCUGUUUAUGCGUUGUUCUUCUGUACAGCGCUGUGUGCACAAGUAUAAUCAAAAAAAAUAUAUAUAUAUACACACAUACUUUUACCACAUACAGGGUUUAUGCAUUGAUCAUAGAAGCCAGUACUGCCACAUUAUUGUAUUUCCCAAAUGCAUUUGUCUGUUAUGCCUUUGUUUAGUACUUUAGUGUUUUGCUAUGUAGUAUUUCAUUUGUACAGCUAAAUAAAUGAAAAUUUGAAUUGUUA